GAUUCUAUAAGAACAAGUUACAAACGACUGGCGUUAAAAUGGCACCCAGAUAAACACAGUGGUUCACAAGAUGCUCUCACAAAAUUUAAGCUUGUCAGUAAGAGUUACAAAAGAUUGACUACAGGAGAAAGUACAGAUGACAUGACACUAGACCAGAUGCUUUCACUUUUCAAAGAAGUUUUCUUUACCAGACCAAUCAAUUCCUACAAUGGUUCGGGGUAUGACUCCUCGGAUGAUGAUGACGAUGAUGAGGAUAUUGAAGAAGAAGUGAAGUACUCUAACCUAUUUCCUGACAAAAUAAAACUUAAACAAGAUUGGAAGAAAGCUCGGGAAGAGGGAGAUAUCAUGGGCAAAAAAUUAUCAGCUGAGGAAAUCAGUCGUAAUGCUGAAGAAUUGAUAACUGAGGAAGAAAAAGAAAAGAGAAGAGCAGAAAAAAGAAGAGCAAAGAAAAAGAGAAGAAGAGAAAAGAAGAAACAAGAAAAAACAGACACUGAUAGUUUUGAACCUCAGGAGGAAAAGAAAUCAUCAAAACAAAAAGUAAAAGAAAUUUCUGAAAAUAUUCCAGAGAAAAAUAAAAAAACAGAUAUGAUGGGUGAUGCAUCAACAUCCUCGGACGAAGCAGGCUUCGAUCCAAAUUCAGCAUUUUUCACCAAAGUCGUGAACAAAAAGAAGAAAUCUCCAUUAUCAGUGGAAACUCCGCCUUCAAGGCAGAGGAAAGAAAAGGGAGAUAAAAGCGAUGAAGAAUCCGAAGAAUUAGAUCCAAAAACUCUACGUAGUAGACAACUUGCAAUAAAAGGCAACGAGAUGGCUCAUUUAGGUCACUAUAAUGCUGCAAUAGAAUUGUUUAGCGAAGCUAUAAAAUUAGAUCCUAAGGAUUUUAGAUUUUUUGGUAAUAGAUCUUACUGCUAUGAUAGAAUACAACAAUAUGAAAAGGCAUUAAAAGAUGCAGAAAAAGCAAUAUCAUUAGCAAAAGAUUGGCCGAAAGGCUAUUUUAGACAAGGCCGAGCUCUGGCUGGAUUAAAAAUGUUUCCAGAAGCAGAGCAAGCUUUUACCCAAGUGCUUAAAUUAGAUAAAAAUUGUGAAGAUGCUGUUCAAGAACUUUUACGAGUGCGAACUCAUCAAAUAAUGGAAAUGGGUUUUACACGGCAUCAAGCCGAAGCAGCUAUAAAAAAAUACGGAACUGUUCAAGCGGCCUUAGAUUCAUUAUUAGCGGGUGUGGCUGAAAACUCAUUAACAAGUAGUCAAGAAGUUUAUGUUUCCGAUGAUGAAGAAUUUACUGCUGCCUCGCAAAAUUCUCGGACAUCGGGAAGUGAUACAAAAAUGGAUCCUAAAAACCCAGAAGGUCUUACUGCUUUAUGGGUGGGAAAUGUUUUACCUGAAGUAACUGAUAAAAAGCUUCAUCAAAUGUUUGCAAGAUUUGGUCAAGUAAAAAGUGUACGAUGUUUACCAGAAAAAUAUUGUGCAUUUGUUAAUUUUUCAACAAAAGAGGCUGCAGGGAAAGCUAUGGUUGGAUUACAGGGUGUAGAAUGUGGUGGUCAGAGAUUAUUGAUAAAAUUUCCAGACCACCCAAUUACCAAUGGAAAUGAUCAUGGCACUAUAACUUUACGAAAAAACCAAAGUAAUACAACAACAACAACUAAAAGUAAUGGGACAAUCACAAUAGGGACUGCUGUGAGAAACCAAAAACAAUCUGGACCAGUUAAUGGAAAUGAGUGCUAUUUUUGGAGAACAACCGGAUGUACAUAUGGUGAUAAAUGCCGGAAUUCUCACAUACCAGCACAUAAAGGAGUUGAUAAAAAACCAUGGCAAAAAGAUCAAUAGCUUUAUGAUUUUAUUUGACAAGUACACCCUUGUACAGAAAUAUUAAAGUGAAAUUUCGAAACACAUCAGAGUUUUUUGAAGUGAUCUUCAAGGUUAAAAUAUACACAAGUGUUGGUGAUUGGAAUAUUUGUGUUGUGUUUGAUAAAAUAAGGAUUAAACAAGAAUAAGGUACUUGAUAUUUUAAUGCAGACAAAAAAUAGAAAUAAGCAAUAAUUAUUGCUUUCAUAUAAAUUCAUACCUUUUGAGUAUUAAGGAAUAUUAAGAAAUUGAAUGACCUGCUUACCAAAUCAUAAAAGUCUAAGAAUGAAAACAUGAAUAGUGUAAAACUUACUGAUCUGAAAUAUUUACGUAAAGAUUUAAUAUCCUGAUGUGAUGGUAAAUGCAAUGAUCUCGCAUGAACAUUUGAAUUUUGUAUGAAAUUAAAGCUUUAGUUUAAGAUUUACUUGAAAAACAUACAAUUUUUAAGAUUUACUUGAAAAACAAACAAUAAUUUAAUCUGCUUUUAUUGAAAAGGACUUGAUUUUCAUUUUUGUUACACUUCUGUUUGUUAAAACAUUUUGCUCUGUACAGCUUUUCUUGGUGAAAUGUACUAAAUAUGUAUAUAGAUAAGAAACAAAUGUGCUAAUUGUUUAAUUCUUGAUUCAUCAAAUUAUGUGUAAAUGAUAAUAACAGCAUUAGAUUGUAUGUAUUUGUGUAUGUGUUUCUUUUAUCUAAAAUCUGUUAUGCCAUUAGUCAUGAAAUUUUAUAACAGAAGUAUGCCUUCUAGUAAAAGCAAACUCUUCCUUGGUCUGGAAGGUUUCAUCUGAUAUUGUUAGUUCAGAAUAAAAACCAGUGUAAAAAUCAUCAUGUAUGACACUUAUCUUUUGUUUUGAAUUCAGUCUCUGAAAGAAAGCUUUUGAUUGGUUAUUUCACAGAUUUAAGUGUAGUAUCAGACCAAUCACAGAGAAGUAUUUUCAGACUUGUUUCCGUAGUAACCAUAGAUACAGAUGAGACUAUAUCAGGCUAUGAAAUCUCGUGCUCAAUAUCUGUUGUGAUAUGAUAAUCAUUUUUGGAUCUGUUUAUUACAAGUGAUUACCUUAAACAAAUGUGUCAUAUCUAAUCAUUUCAAGAUGCCAUUUGUUUAUUUCUAGAAAACUGGUGAUUUGAGUGAGUCUCACUUUGAUAAGAUUGAAAUUUACUGAUACAUUAUUGUAUUUUAAAAGAAACACCAACUAUUCAGUAUUAUUAAAAAAAAAAUAAGAAAGGAAAAGUAUUGCUAUAGAAUUGAUAAUAAACUCGUAAAGUUAUACGCAUGGAAUGGUGAUUUAUUUUUGUCUCUUUAAGAUAUUAAUUUGGUUUUAAUGUUGUGAGAUUGUAAUAUUUUGUUUUUAGCUCACCUGUCACUUUGUGACAGGGUGAGCUUUUGUGAUCGCUUUUCGUCCGGCAUCCGUCUGUCCGUCCGGCGUCCGUAAACUUUUACUUUAAAUGACAUCUCCUCAUAAACCACUAAGCCAAUUUCAUCCAAACUUCACAGGAAUGUUCCUUUGGUGGUCACCUUUGAAAAUUGUUCAAAGAAUUUAAUUCCAUGCAGAACUCUGGUUGCCAUGGCAACCAAAAGAAAAAACUUUAAAUAUCUUCUUCUAAAAAACCCAAAGAGCUAGAGCUUAGAUAUUUGGCAUGAAACAUCUUCUAGUGAGUGUCUACAAAAAUUGUUCAAAUAAAAGCCCUGGGGUCAAAACUGGCCCUGCCCCAGGGGUGUCAUUGUUUUUGAAUAUAUGUGUAAAGAAAAAACUUAAAAAAUCUUCUUUUAAAAAACCCAACGAGCUAGACCUUAGAUGUUUAGCAUGAAACAUCUUCUAAUGGGUGUCUACCAAGUUUGUUCAAAUAAAAGCCCUGGGGUUUAAACUGGCCCCGCUCCGGGGGGCCUAUAUGCAGGUGAGCGACUUCAGGGCCAUCAUGGCCCUCUUGUUCUGUUAAACCUGCAUCAUCUCUUGUAUUACAGCUGAUAAAUAUCAUUUUAUUUUGUUAUUCUGAUAUAUAUUUAUCAUGAUACAGAAAGAAUGGUUUAGAAGUUCUUAUUUCUAUUGUUAUUGUUUUUCGUUUGAAUCUGAUAUAAUGAGGAACCUAUCACAACCUAUCAAGUAUUUUAUCUUUCAGCUAUAUUACUAUAAAAGCAGAAUAUAGAGAGAGUCUGUUACAGGUGUUGUUGAUAUCAUUUCAUAAAUAUAAGGAAAUAUGAACAAGUUAUCAGCAUGCCGAGGUCAUUAACUAGGCAACAAAAAAUAAUGUUAAAGCAUAAUUGAUAUUUUCAGGAUAUAUAGUCAAGUAUUAGAUUUUAUACUUUUGUUUGUUAUAUAGCCAUUCCUGGCACAUCAGUUAUCUUUUUCCACCUAAAUAAAACAUUUUGUGAUUUUUUACUGAACUGUUUUACACUACAUUUAGUUUUUUGGGGUAAAUUUUGAUAUUUAUUUUACAUAAUAAUUGAUAUUGUUUUAGAUUUAUAGUUUUUUCAUACAUGGCCACAAUAGUUUUAAAAAUGCGAAAACAGAAAAUUAGUUUAAUAAUAUAGAAAUGUUAUUAUUUUUUUGGUUAUGUAAAUACAAAAUUAGAAUGUUUUUUAUAUAAAAAAAAGAGGCUUCAGUCGAUGAUAAGAGUUAUGUAUAUGUUGAAUUUCAACAAUUAGUAUCUAGGGAUAGAUGCAGUUAGAAGGCUAACAAUAUUUUCCUACAUAAUUUAUAAAUCUUUUAAACAAUUACUGCCAUGUUUUACAGAUUUUAUGUGGAUUUAGUAACACAUUUGUUAAUAUCAUAUGUUAGUGAAUUUACGCCAUCACUAACACAACAUAAUAAUAACAUAAUGAGUGUUAGAGAGCAAAAAACAAAAGAAAAUAACAACUUUGCCUACCUUUUUUUUUGCUACAAAUAUUAAAGUUUAAAUUCUGAUUUUGCUUACGUUGACAAUUCGUUAGAGUGUUAGAUUCAGCUUAAUAUUUAUAAUGGCACCUGACUAACUAUGAGGAUAUAUUUACUAAAUAAAAUGCAUGGUUAUGUAUUUGAUACAUGUAUGACAUUGAAGGCAAUAUAUUUGUUACCAUUAAAUUAUGUUAGGUCAUUUUUUAUAUUUUUAACUGUUAAAAUUUUGUAGAAAUUUGAAUUUUUUGUUAAGCAAGUAAAAUAGAAAUAAUUAGAAAAUGAAAUCAAAAUAAAUCUGUACUGCUGCAUUUUAUUUUCCAGUUAAGCAAUGAAGAAAUGUGAUAUUUGUUGUUGCUGACAUCAUAAGUUUAUGUUGAGUUAUAAAUAUUUUGAUUUUGAAUGUUUGUGUAUAUAUAUAUAUAUAUAAGUAUAGCAAAGAAGUUAUAAAACUAUAAAUAGAAUAAAUGGCUGCAUCUAUCUUAGUGGUAACGGUCAAAGGUAAACAUUUAUGAUUAUUACAUAUGAGCCGCGUCAUGACAAAACCAACAUAAUGCGUUUGUGACCAGCAUGGAUCCAGACCAGCCUGCGCAUCUGUGCUCUCUGAUCAGGAUCCAUGCUGUUCGUUAUCGGUUUCUCUACUUGUUAUAGAAUUUGUAAGCGAACAGCAUGGAUCCUGAUCAGACUGCGUGGAUGCCAAGGCUGGUAGCAAACCCAUUAUGUUGGUUUUGUCAUGAUGCGGCUCAUAUUUUUUCUUGACUUGUUGCUGUGUUUUAAGACUUGGUCAUCAUAUUACACAACAUAAAGCUCCCUUUUUGCUUCAUUUAUGCAAUGUUUUCUUUAAUAGGCAAGCUUAUUCUUCACAGGUCGUUCGACACUAUUAAAUUUUAAAGUAAAUAUGAAUAUGUGAAUAUUUACUUUAAAAGAUGCAUAUUUGAAAUAGAUGAUUUUAACAGAUAUUAUCUUUGAAAUGUGUAUAAUGUAAAAUGUCUAAGUAACUGUUUAGUUAUUGAAGGAUUUGAUUAACCAAAUACAGGUUUGAAAUCCGUGUAAGGGUCCAAGAUGUUGAUGUAUAUUUCACUAGUUUGAAAUGUUUACUUUCCUUGUUUUCAUCAUUUUAUUACAAGUGAUUGAUUUAAAUGUGCUGUUUUAUGUAAUAGAAUUGUGUUUGUAUACAUGCCCUUUUUAUGCCCUACAACUGAACAUGAGAUAAUUGUAGAGUUAUAGUGCAUAUAGUAACUUACUACCCUGAAUUUACUAGACUUGCAUUGCUGUAAGAAUCUGAUAUAUUAUGUUAUGUUAUAAAUGGUAUAUCAUGCAUCAAACAUAAUUUAAGGUAACUGUUAUGACUAUAACAUCUAGGCUGUCCAUACACUACAUUUUAUGUUUUACAUUUUACCAUAUAUGACAAAUUUAUUUUAUUGCUAUGGUAACUGGUUUUUGUUUGAAUGUCAUACACAUGAUGUACAGUGCAUUAAACUGUGUGCAGCAGAAUUAGGGAGGAGGGACCCUUUAUAAUAUUGUCAUUUUGUCAUGUUUAACACUUGAUAAGUCAGAAAUUUAACAUAUAGUUUCCCGUUAUUGAUGGGAAAAUCAAGCAUGAAUUUGUUUGUUUCUUGUGUUUAACAAAAAUUGCAAUACAAGCCAUGCUGCUGCUUGUAUGCAUGUUACACUUUCAACAUCAUUCUGAUUUAAUGUAUGACAUCCUGCUUGUAAUAUGUUAAUACACUACAGGUGAUUAGGUUAAAUAUUGCAUAUAUGAAUGUGAAAAUGCUUAUUUAAAAGAUCUCGGAUCACAUGCUAGUAUUUUCUUACUGAAAAAAAAGUUUAUAUGUUUCAUUACCGUAGAUUACACAAGUAGAUUUAGUAUAGGCAGAUAUGAAUGGAUGUUGAUAUCCAAUUAAUCAAGUUUGCUAACAUCUUUGAAGUCUUUCAACCCCAGAAAGCUAGAAAAUCAUAGUGUGAGGUGAUUUGCAUUGUAAAACAUACACCUCUUGUUAUUAUAUGUUUCAUGUAAGAAAAUAUAAUAAAAACAUCUUUUCAAAAUAUUACUGGUCAAACAGUGUAACAUACUAUCUACUUGUGUAUUCUUCUAAGCAACUUAGUAUUAGUAUUUGAUUUAUCCAUGUGUUGUUACUUUUGAUGAGAACUUGAUUAAAAACAGCAAAAAUGUGUGUGAGAGAAGAUAGGUUUAUGUACAGAUGUAUAUAUUUAUUUUAAAUGCAAGUUUUUACUGUAAAGUUUGAAAAUGCAUUAAAGGAUGUGUUGUUUCACUACAGUCAUUGAUAUGUUAUAGUGUUAUCAUUGCAUGUAGGAAAAUAACAUUUUCUCUAAAAACUUU